CGGAAAGAAUAACGAUGCGCAAACAGAUGCGCGUGUGGUUGCCAACAACAACAAAUAGUAAUAAUUUUUGCGGUAGACGUUUCUAAAAAGACUUGAACAAAUUGUGACUGGAAAAGGUUGAAGGUUAAUACACAAAAAGAGAACCAGAAUGCCAGGGAAUCCAGAUGAGCCAUAUUACUGCUCCCAGCAGAUCAACAUUCCCCCUGCUCUGCCAGACAUUCUCAAACAGUUUACCAAGGCUGCCAUUAGAACACAGCCAACAGAUGUAUUAGGAUGGUCUGCAGCAUAUUUCAAAGCAAUGUCUAAAGGAGAAACUCCUCCUGUGAAAGAGAGAUUAGAAAUGCCAGUGGCCACACAGAAAACAGACACAGGACUGACUCCAGGACUUCUUAGGGUGCUUAACAAACAGCUUGGUCCAAAAAAGACUGUACCACUGAGUAUGAUAGAAGAGAAGUGGAUGGACUUGGCCCUGCCAAAGGAACAGUUUGAUGACUUAGUAAGAAUUGGAAGUUUUGGUGGAGACGUUGAAUGGAACAAAUUCUUCGCACUUGCUUGUUCUGCUGUAGCGGAGAGCAUCACACAAGCAAUGAAGACAGUGUGUGAGAUUUUAACCGCAGACCCUGAAGGUGGAGCAGCAAGAAUACCCUACCCAUUGUUUAAAGAUAUUUAUACUUACCUAGCACAGAUAGAUGGCGAAAUCUCACAAACGCAGAUUAAUGAAGUCUUUUCAUAUUUACAGUAUGAUGUGGAUAAACAAGAGAGCUAUGUGAUGCCAAGAAACUUUUUGAGUGCAGAGUGUCCAAAAAUGGGGUCAUGAAAUUACAGCAUUUUGUGAUAGACAUUACAUUUUCCUUACGUUAUUUUAUGAUUUACAUGUUUAGUAAUUGUUAUAUGAUUUUUUGCCUGUGAAUGAUCAUUCAAAUGUUUCAUGUUCGGAACAGUUCAAAAGAAAUAUCAGCAUUUAUCAGUUACUUAAAAUUUGUUAAGACCUUUUUUUACAAUGGACUUAAUUAACUGUCUUAGUUUUUAUCAUUGAAAAUAGUUUCCAGUUAAAUUGUUACACCUAGAACUGCUUCAUAACCGGGGCGGAUUUCCUUUGUGCAUAGUGCUAUGAAAAAUAAACAUGUACUGAAAGGUAAGUGUAUCCUUAAAAGCAGUUAUCUAUACUUACUUUGAAUUGUCAACAGACAGAAUUAAAAAAAACAACUUAGGUAUUUCAUAUUAAUUGUCAGGACAUAAAUUCAAUUCCUGUAUCAAUUGAGUCUUGAAAAUAUUUGUCCAAAUGAUGGCUUGCAGGAAGAAAUUAUUAUGUUUGCAAAAUGUUUUGCUGGUAUUGCAUGUGCAAGAAAAAGUCAUCUGUAUACUUUCUCGUUAAUAAAGUAUUUAUUCUUCUA